UCAUCAUAUAGGAAGUAGGAUUAGGGUUUCUGCAUCUGAACAACUCUGCUUCUUCGCCUCUUCUCACCGCUGCAUUCUCUUCAGCGCUCUCAAUCAUGGCGGAACAGACCGAGAAGGCAUUUCUGAAGCAACCCAAAGUGUUUUUAUGCUCGAAGAAAUCUGCGAAGGGGAAGAGGCCUGGGAAGGGUGGAAACCGGUUCUGGAAGAGCAUUGGCUUAGGGUUUAAGACACCCCGAGACGCUAUUGAAGGUACUUAUAUUGAUAAGAAAUGCCCCUUCACUGGCACUGUUUCUAUUAGGGGCCGCAUCUUAGCUGGCACUUGCCAUAGUGCCAAGAUGAUGAGGACCAUAAUUGUUCGAAGGAACUACCUUCACUAUGUGAAGAAAUACCAAAGAUAUGAGAAGAGGCACUCAAACAUUCCUGCUCACACAUCGCCAUGCUUCCGUGUGAAGGAAGGAGAUCAUGUUAUUAUUGGCCAGUGCAGGCCACUAUCAAAGACAGUAAGGUUCAACGUUUUGAAAGUGAUUCCUGCUGGAUCUUCUGGUGGAGGUGGGAAGAAGGCUUUUACUGCAAUGUGAAGUUUGGCUUCUAGUUGUCAGUGUCAAGGUUAAACAUCAUGGAGCUUGAGAGGGUUGGUUAUAUGAGAGUAGACCUUUGCAAUCUUGAACAGCUUCAAGAUUGAAAUGUUUUGAUGGAUUCUUUUUCUUUUUUCCUUAAAUUAAAUGUUGGAGUUUUUGAAGAUGCCCAAUGGCAUAUGGAUUACAAAUAGGAUGAAGAUCUAUAUUUUUUUGGAUUCCACAGAAUUUGUUGCCUCAUUUGUCAA